CCAUCCCCAUCCACAAGGUCUGUGCUGUCACGCCGGCCUGGGCAUGGCGGAGGCUGGGGUUUCGGCGGCGGAGGCAGUGGCAGAGACAGAGAGACAAGGCGGUGGGGAAGCUGAGCUCCGAUGUCCUGGCUGGAGCGAGUCGCAGCUGCGGUCUUACCAAUUCCAGACCCGACAGAUCCCGCGACUGCAACACGGAGACCCCCGGGCAGAGGAGCUCAUUGAUAAAGAGGAGCCAGUUGUUCUGACUGAUACAAACCUAGUGCAUCCAGCGCUAAAAUGGGAUUUGGAUUAUCUGGAGGAAAACAUUGGAAAUGGGGACUUUUCUGUGUACAGUGCCAACAACCACAAGUUUCUAUAUUAUGAUGAAAAGAAAAUGGUCAACUUCAAGAACUUCAAGCCCAAGUCCAGCAGGGAGGAAAUUAAAUUUCCAGAGUUUGUAAAUAAACUUAAAGACAUACAACAGAGAGAGAGUGAUGACAGGUUAUAUCUACAACAAACGCUGAAUGAUACAGUGGGAAGAAAAAUUGUGGUGGAUUUUUUGGGCUUUAACUGGAACUGGAUUAAUAAACAGCAAGCCAAACAUGGAUGGGGACAAUUGACCUCUAAUUUACUUCUGAUUGGGAUGGAAGGAAAUGUGACACCUGCACACUAUGACGAGCAGCAAAAUUUCUUUGCCCAGAUUAAGGGAUAUAAACGGUGUAUCCUCUUUCCUCCUGAACAGUUUGAAUGUCUCUAUCCUUAUCCUGUCCACCAUCCCUGUGACAGACAGAGCCAGGUGGAUUUUGAAAAUCCCGAUUUUGAAAGGUUCCCCAACUUCAGGAAUGUUCUUGGCUAUGAGACAGUGGUGGGACCUGGAGAUGUUCUGUAUAUUCCAAUGUAUUGGUGGCACCACAUUGAAUCACUCAUGGAUGGAGGGAUUACUAUUACUGUAAAUUUUUGGUACAAGGGUGCCCCAACUCCGAAAAGAAUAGAAUAUCCUCUCAAAGCACAUCAAAAGGUGGCAAUAAUGAGAAAUAUUGAAAAGAUGCUUGGAGAGGCCCUUGGAAAUCCACAAGAGGUUGGGCCACUGUUAAACACAAUGGUAAAGGGUCGCUAUGACUGAUGCAACUGAACAACGACAACGGGUGGCAUCGACGUCUGCAGCUUUUUUUUGUGGGUAAAUGAGGAAAAUACAGAUAUAUUUAAACACUUUCGCUGACUGGUUUCUCCGAUACCUUUGGGUUGCACCACUUAAUUACUACUGUAUUUACACUCUUUGAAGAAAGAAAGAAAAUCCACAAAAUAAUGCAACGCUGGCUACUGUACUUUGCACUCCUUGCUAGACAGUGACUGAAAUGUUACCCCUCUGCUCAUCAUCUGCAUUCAAAGCUGUAUCCUGCACCUAUGCAGCGCUUCUAAUACAGUAUCUAAAGAGCUGAAAUCAUUAUCACUUUUCACUAAAUCCUGCUCUUAUUUCUGUCAAGAGUAAAAGCUGUGCCGUAUAAACAUCAGCAAAUGUGGCUGGUUGAUCUUCAAGCGUGUGGAGCAAUUGUUUAUAAGCAGGUACCUGAGCAAAUAAGUCUGCAAAUAAGACAGCCUGGUCACAUUGAUUAUGCUCCAGUCAUCUAAUUGCAAGGAGCCAUGAUGAAGGCUUCACUUCUUGGCCUGACGUACUCUUACAGUUCUGAGGGGACUGCAAGGCAACUGCAGUGGAAUCCAUACAUUGGAAAUCUGGUCAAAUGUCUGUAAACUGCUUUUUGGCAACCAUUCUUUCCAGGACACGGGCGUGCAUAUAGUUUAUACCUUUUGUUCUGCUGCUUAUUGCUGUUUUUCUAUCCUGAUGAAACUGCACAGAAGAAUUGUGGACAUUUAUAGUGCCUACACCACUCUACAUACAGGAAAAAAAGAACAAAAUGAUUUCAUACCAGCAAUCAGCCUUGUUUUUUUUAAACAUAUUCUGUGGUAAUUUUAUUACAAAAUGAUUGAGCCAAAUUAGGCCACAUCUGUAUAUCUUUUUGCUACCUUGCAGUAAGUAAGUAGUUGUACUAAGAGGGUGAUAGGUAUUUAACAUUGUGAAAAUGGCAUGUUGUUAUCUGCUUGUUCACACUGUUAACCUUGGCUACUUCUUGCAGCUAAAAGUGCAACAUCUAAAAGAACUGUAAUGUUGAAAUGGUUUUUAUGUCGGUUUGCUUGUAAGAUGGGAUUGCUGUGACCAUGUAUAUUGGGAGAAUGCAACUGUCACAUAGCAUUUACUUUGGUGGUGCUGUGCCCAUUCUGAAAUUGCGUAUAACGACAUGGGGCAAAUUUACUGCACAAUGAUCCAUUAUAUCUUUAUAUGGUUAAUAAAGCUGCCAAUCUACCCAUUAAUUGGCACUGAAGGGGGAGUCAAAGAGCAAGACUGAGACUUAAUCAUGUGCUGGCAUGAUAGGUAAAUACUUGCUUCCCUUAUUGGCUCGUACAAAUGGAAUAACCGAGAAUAAUCAGACCUUAAGAUAACCACACACUGAUGAUUGUGAGGUGAUUUAAAUGUAUGGGCUUGUGUCAUUUGCCAACAGUCAGGUUAUAGUGAAAUUCCUCAGCCCACCUUAUUAUCAGUCUUGGCUGAUCAUGUCGGUUUGAAUAAAAUUAAUCAUUUGCAAACAGUUUACAACACAGUCUGAUUUUGUUGCAAAUGACAUGCUGCUUGAUGUGAUCUGCCUGUGUGUGGACAGUUUAACUCUCAUGCAGUCUUCAGAUAACUAAAUCAGUGUGAACUUACCCCUUUAUGAGGGGAAAAAAUCAGAUGGUACAUAAUCUUAUUGGUCAAUUAAUUACAGAUAAUGAUUCAUGGAACAGUGCAUUACAAGCUUUUUAACCAUUUAUCACUUUAUCUGUAAUAGUCUUCAGCUAUCAAUCUGGUCCUUUGUACAGUACAUAUGUACUAUUUUGCAUUGCGUCGGUUUCUUUUUCACUUGCAAAUAAUACAUUUUAAAUAGCAUUGUGUAAUUUACUGUGAAUGAAAGGGGCUGUUGUAUUGCUGUGUCAAUUACUGGUGAUUAUUGGGGAGGUUUGUGGAAUUUGGCCCAUUGUGCCACCCAUAUUCUAUGGGUUUGCAGUGCCCUUUAUAAAAAUGAUUUGCCAUUGUUAUAAAAUAACCCUGGACUGAUUUCAAUAUGAAUAAAUUAUGUUUGUAUUA